AGAGUUCAUUUACAUUAGCAACAAUGCCUUCUCAAAAAUCUUUCAGAACUAAGCAAAAGUUAGCCAAGGCUCAAAAGCAAAACAGACCAUUACCUCAAUGGGUCAGAUUAAGAACUGGUAACACCAUCAGAUACAACGCCAAGAGAAGACACUGGAGAAGAACUAAGUUGGGUAUCUAAGCUAUUUGGGUUAUCUAUUUACUUUUACAAUCAGAAUUGGUCCGAAUUCCAUAUAAUGUUUAUUCAAUGAUGGAUCCCUUCUAUCUGUAUAAAAAUAAUGGGUUAAUACGAUUUUCUUUAUAGCAUCUUAAUAUAUACUGUUACAUU